AUUAAUCGUUGUAAGAGUUAAAAGAUGAAACUAAGAGAAACGCCAUUGAAGUGAUGGAAGUGGAAGGUCGGCGAAUAAGGAGAUUUGUGCCUCGAAGGCUCUCACACCGCUCUCUUCUUCCACUUCACGCUUCUUCCUCUUCCUCUUGCAACGUUUCCAACACAGUUUCCUGCUGUUAUUGCGACUACAAAAUCUCCUCAUUUAACAUACCUCUUUUUCUCCUCGGUCGCCGAUAUCCCAGGUUUUUCAAAAUAUGGUUCUCAAUUGGGGUUGGGUUUGGCCUCUCUGCGUUAAUUGGAGUUUCUGUGAUUCUUCUUUGGGAACUAGCCAGAACGUUGCAUCUCUGUGGUGGCUGCAUUAAGCUUGGAAACUUUGCCAGCAAUUUGCUGUUUGGUUUACCUCCUUUGGUGCCCGGGUUAAGUUUAUCACUUGCUGAUGUUGGGUACGCUUGUGUUUCUACCAUCAUAUCCGUCUUUGUGCAUGAAUUUGGUCAUGCAGUUGCUGCCACAAGUGAGGGAAUACAAAUAGAGUACAUUGCCAUCUUCAUUGCAAUAUUAUUUCCUGGUGCACUGGUUGCCUUCAAUUAUGACUUGUUGCAGACUUUGCCUCGUUUGACUGCCCUCCGUGUGUAUUCUGCUGGCAUUUGGCACAAUGCAGUUUGUUGUGCGGCUUGUGGACUGGCAUUAUUCUUCUUGCCCUUGAUCUUGUUUCCCUUUUACAGCAGUGGUCACAAUCCCAUGGUUUUAAAUGUACCCCCAACCUCACCUUUAUCUGGUUAUUUAGCUCCUGGUGAUGUUAUUCUGUCGAUAAAUGAUGUAACUAUCAGAAAUGCACAAGAAUGGUUGACAUAUAACGUUAAGCUUAAUAAUGUAAAUCUUUCUCAUCGCACUGGAGAAUUGGAGAUUGUCAAUAAAAUGAAGGGUUAUUGUGUCCCUAGUUUUAUGAUGGAAGAAAUAAAGAACACCAAAUGGCUGGGAAAUCAACAUGUUUGUCCCGGUGAACUUACUGCCUUUGUAAAAUUAUGCUCCGCUAAUGUUACACUUCAUGAUGGUCAGAACAAAACUGAUAUUUUGAACAAUGGACGGAGUAUGUACUGCUUAAAUGCUAAAGAUGUUGUCAAACGUAUUAGGUGUGGUGAUGACAGGGGACUAGCCACUUUAAGGGGAGGUGGCUGUACGUGCCUUCAGGAUGAAUUUUGUUUAGCUCCAGUUCAGGAGCCUGGAUUGGUGUGGGUUGAGAUUGCAUAUUCAAGUCCUUCUCAUGAAUGUUUGUCACAUGAACAAAACAGAUUUCCAUUUUCUGAAACUUCCGGUGUUAAGGCAACUAAUUGUGGUGGGACUUUUAUUUUUGUUGGUGAUGUCGUCUCUAUGGCACAUUCAAUUAAGCUAACAUCGUAUCAGCCUCGCUGGGGACCACAAAUUGUUGCAUAUUUUCCAAGUAUACUGGAAAGGAUAUUAAUAUGGACAUUUCAUACCUCUCUUACGCUGGCUCUUCUCAAUGCUUUGCCUGUCUAUUUUCUGGAUGGUGAAUAUAUUUUAGAUGAAACUUUAUCCCACUUUACUUCGCUAAGCCCCAGGAAGAGGAAGAAGGUUCUUAGACUAUGCCUUCUUGCUGUCUCACUUGCUUCUAUUAUUGUCUGUUUCGGAGAACUACUUCAGUUGUCUUUUUUCUAAUAUCAUCAUUUAUUUCAUUUUUUCUU